UAUAAUACCCGAAGCACAGUGCUGCAUCUUAAGUUCACAACGAAUGAACGGCAGGUUUGGGAAAGAACGGUAUAAACCCCGUUUCGACCUCUAAGCCAUCUGACGUACCUUCCACCGCUGGUAUAAAUUAAUUCACUUCGUCACCAGACGUCAAUGAUUCGCAGGACUUGUGCACUGCAGAGCCGUGUUGCCUAGACUUCAGACCGCCAUGCGUCCUCAGAGUGAUGGAAUAGUGCCGGACACUGGCGUUGGCGCAAGGGACUGAGUUUCCUGACAAUUCUGUGCUGUCUCGAAAUGGAGAAUACAAACAACACAACGUAUUCAGACGACCUCGACCGGAAUGAAAACGUGACAGCGUUAGCCGAAGUGGCACUAAGUUACCAGAUCGUCACCUCCCUGUUCCUCGGAGCUCUCAUUCUCUGUGCGGUUUUUGGGAAUGCGUGUGUGGUCGCGGCCAUCGCUCUGGAGAGAUCCCUCCAGAAUGUGGCGAACUAUUUGAUCGGAUCGCUAGCCGUCACUGACCUGAUGGUGUCAGUACUCGUGCUGCCCAUGGCGGCCCUUUACCAAGUCUUAAACAAGUGGACUCUCGGACAGGUAACUUGUGACAUUUUCAUUUCUCUAGAUGUGCUGUGUUGUACAUCGUCCAUACUACACUUGUGCGCAAUAGCAUUGGACAGAUACUGGGCAAUUACAGAUCCCAUAGACUAUGUGAACAAAAGGACUCCCAGACGAGCAGCUAUCUUAAUCAGCCUCACCUGGCUAAUAGGAUUCUCCAUAUCUAUUCCACCGAUGUUAGGUUGGAGAAAAGCCGAGGACAGGGCUGACCCCGAUGCCUGCAAUAUCAGCCAAGACCACGGGUACACCAUCUACUCGACUUUCGGGGCUUUUUACAUCCCACUGAUUCUUAUGUUGGUCCUUUACGGAAAGAUAUUCAAAGCUGCCAGGUUUCGAAUUCGAAAGACAGUCCGGAAAACGGAGAAAAAGAAAGUUUCGGACAAAUGCCUGACGGUCUCGCCGGCUUUCUUUCACAAGAAAACCAACGGUGAAACGAGCAAAAACUGGAAGCGGAGCGUUGAGCCCAAACCAACCUCGUGCGUAAACGGCGCUGUGAGACACGGGGAGGAUGGAGAGUCGUUAGAGAUCAUCGAAGUUCACAACAACUCCAAAAAUCAUCUUCCCCUCCCAAACACUCCCCAGUCAGCCCCGUGCUUCGAGAACAGGAAUGAAAAAAACACAGAGGCCAAGAGAAAAAUGGCUUUGGCCAGAGAGCGUAAAACUGUUAAAACACUUGGGAUAAUCAUGGGUACGUUCAUAUUUUGUUGGCUGCCAUUCUUCAUUGUAGCACUAGUUUUGCCAUUCUGCAGUGAAAUCUGCUACAUGCCGGAGACUCUCCGGGCUGUAAUAAACUGGCUCGGCUACUCGAACUCACUUUUGAACCCGAUUAUAUACGCGUAUUUUAACAAAGACUUCCAAAGUGCGUUCAAGAAGAUCAUCAAAUGCAAGUUCUACAGACCAUAAAUGUAUAACAGUGUUUAUUUUCGUGUGGUAAAGGGGGCGAACACGGACCGUGUGGCAAUGUUUAUCGUUCACAGGAUGCAAAAGAACUGAAAGUCUUCUGUGAGUAAUACAGCCCAUUACAGACUCGUGCCCAGGGUCUGCCCACGUGCUUCAGUGAUCAACUAAUUCCGUACAAAACUGAAAAGCAUCCCAAAUAUUGGGGUUGGACUGCUACCUUUGCAGGUAAUUUAAGUCGUGGGACAGGACAUGCAGUACGCUGUUUUGUGUAUUACAUGUGUUUGUGUUAUACAUUGCAACGCAUCGUUGUAUUUCCACGCAAGAUAUCCCAUAGAGUGUGCUGAAUUCCGACAUUGUAAUCAUUUGAUUGGGACUGACGGAUUUUCAUACAUGCUCGUAUUUGACAUCGUAUUUGCUUCGCAGCACUGAAACAAUAAACCAUCCAAUUGCUGAAAUCUGUGUGUGCAGUCCACUUUUUGCACGUUAAAUACGAGGG